GUAUUUGUAUUGGUGUUAGUGAAGCGCGCGUGUAAAACAGAAUGCGAACUCUCAUCGCAGCGCGUUUCUCCGUGCCUCCUCAAGCUCCCUCAUACCCCACGGCCUGAAUCACUCAAAAUUUGGAGUCUCAUUGUUUGCGUGGUAGUUAAAAAAAACGACAGUUGGUAUAAAAAAAUGCUCUAGUGCAAAAAAACAUUGUCCUACCCUCCAUCUUUUUGCACUUUUGCUUUUGUAUGUUGCAUAUGUGCUUUAUCUCUUUCACACAAGUAGGCACACAUAGGCCCCACCGUGACGUCAUAUUCACCAAAUCAAGCAUGACCUGUCUAUAUGUGCCGACUGUUAAUUCUGCAUUGUUCUGUUCUACCGCAUUUGAAUUCUGUGAAUAGAGGAAAUUUUGUUAAGGUAUUUUUUAUCAAGAGGCAUUCUUACGAAAACUCCACUCCGUACCGGCUUUAUGACUGUCCAGAAGCUUAUACGCUCAGGAAAAUGCAAAAUAUAUAUCAUGAUCAUCGAUAUGCAACAUUCGCAUCACAGCCGAUUCUCGAAAUGAUGGAAAUUAGCACCUCCAAUCCAUCGGAUUUAUCUGCUCCACCGUCUGUUCCAUCGGUCGUCCCCGCUGUUAUUCUUGAUUCGACAUUCUUGGCUGUCUCAUCGUCACCACCACCUAUAUUCGUUUCGUCAGAUAUGUUGACCAUCCCAUCGUCACCGCCACCCAUCACUGAUGUUUCCGGUACAGAUCUUUUCGGUGGAUCUAUGCCCAGUUCGUCAGCCAUGCCGGGACAGCGAUCCUCUUCCGGACCGUCAUCCUCGCCCAGUCUGACGUCUUUACCUGGUUCAUCUUCAUCAUCCGGCGCGCAUAAUAAUUCACUUGAUAAAAAAGUGGACAUUCUUAUUAAACUAUCGAAGCAGACUGCGGCUGAGGUCAAAAUUAUGUUUAAUGCAAUGAAUCCGAGAGCUGGGACAACCUCACGCAAUACAGCCAUCACUGCCAUUGAAACAGAAGAAGAGUUAGAAGCCUUUAAUGCUAACUUAGAGGUUAAUACGUAUAUGGCUGUGAUGCUAUGCUCGCUUUUGUAUACAAUUGAUCAUAUAAAAUAUGUUAAAGAAAGACUUGACAAAAUAAUAGAUCUAUUGUUUACUAGGAAAUUUCUUUCAAAAUGUAGUUAGUCAGGGACUGGUCGUCCCAAUCAAAAAGUCGCAUUUGCUGCGUUUGAAAAUGUAUUCGUUUUAAUCAAAUUUGCUGGAGGAAACAAAUUUCUUCAAUUGAAUGACGACUACGUAAAGAAGAUUUUAGUGAGUUAAAUGGAUCAUGGGAAGGGAAGAAAUGAAACAAAAACGUUGCGGGAAAUAG